CUGGCCUCCAACCGCCAUCAAUUGGCUAGCUGGUUGACCGUGUCUUCUGACAGAGUCGUCACUGUAGAGCAUCCCUCCAUCAUUCGAGAUAUUGACAAGGGUCUGCAUUCUCUUGGCGGAGAGCAUCACAUCAAACAUACACUAUCUGUUGGUCUAUCGUUGCGCCCACAUGAUCCCCUCGUCAAGAAGCUCGUCUCGAAAGAGAUGCCCGUUCAAAACCUUCUUCUUCGCGUGACUGUCCCAAGACGAACCGGUCGUAAAAGAAAGCGAGGUUCUGAUGAUUCGUUUGAUUACCAUGAUGGUAGACAGGAGACGACAAAUGGAGACACCGAAGAACCUCCUACUUCGAUGCCUGUGACGGCCGAACAGCUACGACGUCGACUUAUGGACAAUAUGGACAAAUACACCAUCCAGCCUGUUGCGACAAUCAAACAGACUCACAGGUUCCGUGCAUUACCAGAUUUCCAGUUACGAGCUGGUUCCCAGCCGGUCAUGCACCAGAUUGGCAAAGGUCUUAUCAAUCCUACUGUAUCGAGCAUCAAGAAUUUCAAGGUUGACAUGACUCCCGGUCGACCAUCGGACGAAGAACUCAUCGCACCACCAAACUUUACUUCGUUCGAGCAGUCUCUGAACUAUCUCUACAAACAAAACCCUGGUGUCACACAUGUCACAGACGAGAAGGGUCGCGUCAAGACUGUCAACACCCAAGCUCCGAAGAAACGUCAAGUUGUUUCCGUGGCUCACGAUAUCGAGAAAGUGCCUACAAAGCCACCCAAGGGUCUCAUCGCUAUCGAGAAACAGUCUGAAGCCCUUCAGCAAUGUGUUAAGAACCUGCUGGAGCUUCUUGAGACCAGACCUGCAGUCACUCGCCGGGUAGCAUGCAAUCUCGUUGAUUGGGGCAAUGAGGCCCUCUUCAAGGAAGCUACGCAGUACGUCGGCUACAGCUUCAAGUCUGGUCCCUUCCGAGACACACUUGUCAAGUACGGCCUUGAUCCUCGCACCGAUCCGAAGUACCGCUGCUAUCAGACAUUCUCCUUCCAGCUUAUAGCAAAAGACAAGGUUAUUGCUGCGGCCAAGAAGAUGCGAGAUGGCAAGAACCAGUGGAUCAGAAGUGAUCGCUACAAGAAAGACGAAGAGCCUUCGCACGUUUUUGAUGGUAAAAGCAUGACCACAAACGGAAAGACAUGGCAAGUCUGUGACAUCAAAGAGCCUGUUCUCGCAGGUCUGCUGGCCACAGAGAAUCUACGAUCUGAGUUCGAUGUAUGUUGUCAAUGCCCACUUCUGACGCUUGUCUUGCUAACAUUUGUAGNNCCCGUAAAUUACGGCUGGUACCUCAACGGCACGGUCGCUAAAGCACGUAUAAUAAUGCGUGAUAUGAUUGGCAUGAUGCUUUCUGGACAGGCCCCUGAUACGGAAUCAUACAAGACGGUCUCCUCUAUACCCGAUGAGAUUGACAAGACGACGUACCCUCAGACAUACUACGAAAGGAGCGCUCAUCCUGAAAAGGUGAUGCAACUGUCUGGAGAGAUCAGAAAUCUGGUCAAGACGGACAUUGCUCAAAGAGUCAGAGACAAGUUCAGAGGCGAAGGAGAGGUAUAUGGCGAGAAUACUCAAGGUGGUGCAGAAGACGACGACGUCGAAGGAGAUGGAAUGGAAGAUGAUGGGGAGAUGGAGGGUGACCUCGAAGACUUCGGAGGCGAGACAGAGCCU